AUGUCUGCCCCAGAAACUGCUACCAAAUUCGCACCUACCCAAUCCUCCUCCGUUCUCGGCGGCCAGAUCGUCGGCCGCACUGAGCGCCAGGCUGCACCCCCUGCAGCUUUAAAGCUCCGUCUUGACCUUAACCUUGAGGUUGAGAUUGCCAUCCCAAGGUCAACGGUGACAUCACCUUGUCGCUCCUUGAGUAAACGUGCUACGCGCACGGGAAGAUGGCGUCGGAGUGAAGUUGUAUUGUCCAGGUGA